GCUUUGGUGCGUUUCCUUGGGGCCCAGCUUGAUGAUUUUUGGGCUGCAGGGACACAUCACCAAUGUCCAGCACAACUUGGCUUAUGUGUGGCCGCCCAGCCAAGUGCCUGAUUUCAUGCUUGGCAUGAUUGCCGCCAUGCUGGCACGACACGAAGCUCCGAGCUGGCAGGUGAAUCAAGGCCUCGUCUUGAGCGACUGGGAGCGCGGCUUCCUGGCGGACGUGGCGCUGAUUGGGGUCUUUGCGGCCGUGCUCUUGAUUCCAAGUUCCGGUUAUCACGAGGGCUGGGAACCUCUCUUCAACCACGCGUUGGCACCCCUACUGGGCAUCUACUUCUAUGGCUCCGCAGCCGCCAAGGGCGCAGGACUCUCGGCGUGUUUGCUGACGCUACCCCCAUUGGCUCAGCUGGGCAAAUACAGCUUUGAGGUCUUCCUCUUUCAACAGCCCCUCUUCUCAGCCUUCGAGGUUCUUUGGAUUGGUGGCUUGAACGAGAUCCUGCCAAAAUGGGUUCUAGCUGUGGCGUUCAUGGUCACUUUGUACCUGCUCUCGGGUCUCUAUGCUGAGCUGAUCGAGGCGCCCUUUGUGCGAUGGCUGCGCGAGCGCACCUCCACUUGGAGCCAGUAAAA